CAAGCCCCAGAUGGGUAAAGUCACGUGUCCGCAGUUUGUUCCGGAAAGGCUCUUUGCUGUGACGUUUGCUGUGACGUCAAUCAGCUACCCUUCACCGGGAAGGCCGCAGUGAGACAGCCAGAAGAAAAUGGAGGAAUACGCACGUGAACCAUGCCCUUGGAGAAUCGUGGACGAUUGCGGGGGAGCGUUCACUAUGGGGGCCAUCGGUGGGGGCAUCUUCCAGGCGGUCAAAGGCUUCAGAAAUUCACCCGCAGGAAUGAGCCACAGGUUAAGAGGGAGCAUGACGGCCAUCAAGACUAGAGCUCCACAGCUUGGAGGUAGCUUUGCAGUGUGGGGUGGCCUCUUCUCUAUGAUCGAUUGUGGGCUGGUCAAGGUGCGAGGGAAGGAGGACCCCUGGAACUCUAUUACUAGUGGGGCCAUGACGGGGGCCAUUCUUGCAGCACGAAAUGGGCCUCUGGCUAUGGUGGGUUCUGCUGCAGUAGGAGGCGUACUCCUAGCCCUGAUCGAGGGAGCUGGAAUCCUGCUCACACGGUUCGCGUCUUCACAAUUUCCAACCGGUCCCCAGUUUGCGGAGGAGACCACGCCCAUGCCAGCCUCACCCUUUGGGGACUACAGGCAAUACCAGUGAGAGGACCACCAUUAUCUCGUUCCUGCUUACCUCUAGGCUUUUAAAAAAUGUUUUCCAUAAACUCAAAUCUUGGAUGCACAAGUGACACUGAAAAACUGUGGGAGGUCCUACAUAGCGAGCAUUACUACAAUGUCGCCACCUCCUGGAGACUGUGUGAUGGGACAGAUUUCAUCAUUCUCUGAGCCUUGUCUGUUGCAUGUGCAAAGUUAUCCUUCAAGCUGGACUGAAACCGUAAUUGAGAUAAAUUCCUACCAAUUAAAUUAGUAACUUUAUCCUCAAGAUAUUGUAUGGAUUCGUGAUACUUCUGCUAACCAAUGUGAUGUUGGAAUACUUGACUGUUAUUUAUAUCAAUAUUCGGGGAAUGUGUGUACACUUCACCCCCCCGUUAUAACAGGGCCAUUCGAUGUAUCCCAGUCAUAUUCUGUAUCUGAAUAUAAAAGACUUGGUAUGUACUGCUCAUUUGCUGUAAUGUGCUCAGUUUCUUUUUCUUGUAGUGUUACCUACAAUUUAAAUGCAGUAAUGUAGUACAGUUUGUUGCAGGUGUGCAGGUUAUCCCUGUAUAGCCUGUAUAUGGACAUUAUGUUGAAUUCAAGGUGACCUUUUUAUUUAUCAGCAGAAGGUCUUGAGCCUUGCCACAGGCCAGUUUAUGUGAAAAGUCUGGAAGACUAAAGAAUCAAUGACUGAUGAUUUUUUUUUUUCCAUGCAUAGUAUGUAUCUGUGCCAAAGGCAAAAAUGCAUACAGUGCAGCUCUUAGGACCACCAUCUUAGGAAGCAUAAUCCUAGUAUUUGUUCAAGGUUUAUCGCAAACUGACAGAUUGAAAAUAUAUGUAUUACUGAUUGGAUAAAUGAUUAAUAAACAUUCAGAAUGCUGAUGGUA